AAACUGAAGGAAAACCCACGAAGGUGACAACCCCACCUGAUGCUACUAGGUAAUCUGGUCAGCAGGUACUGAGCACGCAAGCGCACACAGUGAGGCUAGACUGGCCUCACAGGCAGCCGACAUGGCAUCAAACCCACCCAUUUUAACUGAGGAGGAGGAGCUACAGAGGAGAGCCAAUCAAGUGACAGAUGAGUCCUUGGAGAGCACAAGACGGAUGAUGCAGCUGGUUGAAGAGAGUAAAGAUGCUGGGAUCAGAGCUUUGGUUAUGUUGGAUGAACAAGGAGAGCAGUUGGAGCGUAUAGAGGAGGGCUUGGAUCAGAUCAACUCUGAUAUGAAGGAGGCAGAGAAAAACCUGACAGACCUUGGAAAGUGCUGUGGCCUGUGCGCCUGUGAUAAACUGAAAGCCUUUGAAGAGAGUGGAGCAUACAAGGCUGUUUGGGGCGGAGGCUCAGGCCAGGAUGGCGUUGUGUCCAAUCAGCCCCCGUCAUCUCGAGUUGUUGAUGAGAGAGAGCAAAUGAUGAUGAGUGGAGGAUACAUACGGAGGGUGACUAAUGAUGCCCGUGAGGAUGAGAUGGAAGAGAACCUCACUCAUGUCGGCAGCAUCAUUGGAAAUCUGAAGAGCAUGGCUCUAGAUAUGGGCAACGAGAUCGAUACACAGAACGUCCAGAUUGACCGCAUACAGGGCAAGGCUAUUCUCAAUGUGUCCCGCAUUGAUGCUGCCAACCAGAAAGCCAACAACCUCAUGAAACGAUAGGAUGACUGCUCUUCCCAUCUACUCUUUCCCCACUAAUUCAUCUUACCACUUAUUGUGGUGUUGCAUUCUGUGCCCAAGUUUUCACUCAGUGUCUGCUUUGCAUAAUAUAACAUCACCGCAGAAGAAGCUUUUCUGUCUGAACAACUCCCGGAAUAUCAUAUUCAUAUCAUUACAGUUCCUGUGUGCCAACAGGUGCAAUAGUGGCAUCAUUCUUUAAUAUGUCACAUUACAUGAUGUCUUUGAUUUUAUUUGGAUGUCACAGCUGGGCCUUUAUGACUUCAUGUUUCACACUUUGACCUCAAGGUAGCUUCUGCGGUCAUACCAGAGAAUUAGAUUACAGAAAAUUUAUGAUCGCCAUUGCGGAGGAACCGUGCCACUGCAGCAGCACCAGCAGCAGAAACUAGAUUAGGCAAUGCCAAAUUUCUAAACACACACACACACAGAACAACCACCUCCACUGGCAUGCGUGCAUCUUUAGCCAGUCAAUGCCCUUCUCUUACCACUGGACAAAGAGUAAUAACUCUGCAAAUUCUUAAAAAAAUAAGAAAAAAAAAACUUCCACAAGUAUAGCUUUAGAUCUAAAUGUAAACAUUCUUGCAUAACACCCCUCCCUUUUCCAAUGUGAAAACUGCCAUAGUUGGUGAAACACGUGUAUGAUUGCGCCAUCUCCUGGCCCAACUGGGUAUUGCUUAGAACAAGGAAACACGUAUUUGUUUACAAAAGAGGCUCUCUAGUGACACCAAGCGGACAAACGUGGAAGCUACGCAUCUCUUUUGUCGCUUCUCCAUCUUCUUUCUCCUGGUGGUGACAUAAAAUGGAGGUGAAACAAUGGCAAAUAUGAGUGUCUUUAUUUUUAAUCUCAUUACAUCAACUCAAGGGGAGAGAAGUGAAAAUGUGUUCUCAUUGAUGUGUUUGUUGACACAGCCACCAAACAUGAAUUCCAUUAUUUCCUCAGAAAUGAAAUGUAUGUUUUGUGGGCUUAUGUGCAUGUAAUUUAUAAUAUGCUUUUGUUUUUGGUUCAUGUUGUUCCCUUUGCUCUUAGUGGGCUGUGUUGGACCUCUAGCUUUCUUGACUGUUCAUAAAUAGCGAUGAACCUUCGAUGAAGUGUGGACUAAGAUUUACACUCCUACUGUUUGUGUUUAUUGCCAUGUAUUUAAUAAUGUAAUUAAAAUGAUAACCCUUGUUGACCUUAAUAGGCCCGCUUGUGGUCACACAGCAGGUUUAAGAGAGAAUUGUGCAAAGUGCAAUUGUUAGCAUGUGUUUGAAGUGUGAUUAUGAUUAAAAAAUGUUCAAGCUGAAAGAGU